GCCCAGCUGUCCUGUUGUGGCCCAGGCCACACUAGUUGGGGGGAGGGGCGGGGGAAGGCUCCAAAUUCUCCCAGACUGGGAACUCUGGGAAAGACGAUCAUCCUUAUCCAGGAGCUCAAAUCCUGGAGAUCCAUCUCCUGAAACUCGCCCCGGGGCUUUGUCUCUGUGGCGUCUUCCCUGUCCUUUCUGCCUGCCAACCUUACCUUGUCCCUUGGAAAGCAAGAGGGACAGGAAGAGAACGGCUUUGCGGCUCUACGCUUGCAUUCAGAAUGCAAAAGAGGAAUGCUGGGAAAUCCUCCCGUCCUUCUUCUCUGAUUCUCUCCCGCCCUGUCUAUGUACUCCUCCCUAGAACUUUCUGGAACUUUCUCCAACUGCCUUCCCAACAGCCAACUGCCUUCCCCUCUCCUGCACUCCAGGAACAGUCCCUAACACUCCCAGACUCACAACACCAGCAAACCCUGACUGCCAUAAAGGCCCACGCUGUGGGGCGCCCUGGAGGAAAGGCUCCUAUGGCCUCCAGCCCGGACGCCAGACGCCAGCCACCAGCUCCCAACCUGCCCUGGGUGCCGGCAAGUUGGACAAUGAGGCUGGUGGCAGCAGCCCUGUGGCUGGGUCUGGUGAUGGUGGCCACCGGUUACAAGGAGGACCCAUGUGUCUAUGAGGCGCUGGUGGAUGAAGACACUGGGCUAUGCAAGGGCCUUGAAGUGCUCUACCCAGAGCUGGGGAAUGUCGGCUGCAUGGUUAUUCCCAAAUGCAACAACUUCAGAAAGAAGAUCACCAGAUGGACCGAGCCACUGGUCAAGUUCCCAGGCGCCUCCGAGGGUGCCAAGUACAUCCUGGUGAUGGUGGAUCCAGACGCCCCCAGCAGGCUCAAUCCCAAAGCAAGAUUCUGGAGACACUGGCUGGUGGCAGACAUCAAGGGCAGUGACAUAAAGAAAGGAAGGGUCCAGGGCCAGGAGUUAACAGCCUACCUUCCUCCCAACCCGCCAGUAGACACUGGCUUCCACCGCUACCAGUUCUUCCUCUAUCAUCAAGAAGAAAAGUUCAUCUUUCUCCUUCCCAAAGAAAACACAAGUAGAGGCUCCUGGAAAAUGGACAGCUUUGUGACCCGCUACCAGCUGAAGGAGCCUGUAGCAAGCACCCAGUUCAAGACCCAGAAUGUUCAGGAAUUGUAACAGGAGGCGGCAUCGUGCAGUCCAAGAAGGACAAGCAGAGAUAACUGUUUGGGGGACACCCCAGGUGUGCGUCCACGUCACCCAUCGGUCUGGGGAUGGAACACCCUCUCGGUAGGCACCCCUUCUCUUCCAAAUUAAAAAUAAUAUC